AUGCAUUAUGGCUUAGGGGCCGUCCUUUCACACACACUGAAAGAUGGGUCAGAGAGGCCAGUUGCAUUUGCGUCACGAACAUUGAAUGAUGCAGAGAAAAACUACUCACAAAUCGACAAAGAAGCACUGACGCUAGUGUGGGCCGUCAAGAAAUUCCACGCAUACCUAUAUGGCAAGCGUUUCACACUGGUUACGGAUCACCAGCCGUUGCGUUCCAUUGACAUUGAGUUUAAGCCGUCAUCCCUCCACACAAAUGCAGAUGGAUUAUCCAGACUGCCGUGUACAAGAGAAAGACAAAGGAGUGUGGAUGCAGUGGACAUUUUCCAUACCGCUCAGCUCGAGGCACUACCGGUCACAAGGACAGUUAUCAAACAGGAGACAAGGAAAUAUGUGACCUUGUCAAAAGUGUACACCUACACCAUGUCAGGAUGGCCAGCUACUGGCAGAAAGGAGCUGACUCCGUAUUUCCAGCGGAGAAACAAAAUUACAAUGUACCAAGGAUGUUUGAUGUGGGGAAUGAGAGUCAUGAUACCCCAGAAAUGCAAUAAUCAGGUUUUGCAGCAACUACAUGAAGGUCAUGUUGGAAUUGUCCAAAUGAAGCUGCUCGCAAGGAGCCACUUCUGGUGGCCAUGUCUGGAUCAACAGAUAGAAAAUAUGGUGAAGAACUGUAGCGGAUGUUUGGAAACCCUUCACAUGCCUGCUCCUGUCCCAGUCCACCCAUGGGAAUGGCCCGCAGAGCCAUGGCAGAGAAUUAAUGUGGACUACGCUGGUCCCUUUGAAAAGCACAUGUUUCUGGUUAUAGUUGAUGCCCAUUCCAAAUGGCCAGAGGUGUUUUGCACGGACUCCUCCACCUCAGCUCAGACGAUAGAGUGUCUCAGAACAAUGUUUGCACGCUUCGGAUUGCCGCUGCAGCUGGUAAGUGACGACGUGCAAGCUUUUGUAAGUGGCGAGUUUACAAGAUUCAUGUCAGUAAAUGGAAUCAAACACUCAACCUCAGCUCCGUACCACCCUGCCACCAAUGGGCUGGCAGAACGCUUUGUGCAAACCCUAAAGCAAGGACUCCGUGCAGCAAAACGAGACGAAGGGACUUUGCAAACAAAACUGGCCAAGUUCCUGGCCUCCUACCGAAACACCCCACAUGCCACGACAAAUGAAAGCCCAGCCGCACUGAUGUUCUGGGGCCUCUCUCCUCACACAGCUGGACAUCAUGAAGCCAAACAGGCGUAAUGAAGUGCUGAACAAACAAGCCAAGAUGCUCUCCGGUGGCCGGGAGCGCCAUCUCCAAACAGGACAGGAA